AUGCACACUCGCGCAUGGCUCACCGGCCUGUUGGCCAUGUCUGCGGGAGUCAUGGGCAAGUUGAAGUACUUGGGGCUCAUUAUUGACCGUGGAGGACAGGGCUCAUGUCCCGGCGACCACGUCCAAGUGCCCCUUGCAUCAUUGGGCGGCGCCGACUCUGCUGGUCAGAUGAAGCACUUUGUGGACGACGAUGGCAUGAACACGUUUCGACUCUUUCAGGCUUGUCUGGACACCGGUGCAUACUGCAUGCUUGAUCUCCAUAACUUUGCGCGAUACGACGGUGGAAUUAUCGGCCAAGGGGGCCCGACUGACGAGGUUUUCGCCGGGUUGUGGAAGCAGCUCGCGACUUACUAUGCGAAAAACGACAAAAUUAUCUUCGGUCUCAUGAAUGAGCCUCACGAUCUGGAUAUCAAGAUUUGGGCCAAGAGCUGCCAGGCUGCCGUCACCGCAAUCCGAAAAGCCGGUGCCAAGUCGCAAAUCAUCCUCCUCCCCGGAACCAACUUCGCAAGCGCCGAGACAUUCGUGUCUACUGGAAGUGCCGAGGCCCUUGCCGAAAUUACGAAUCCUGACGGUUCGACAGACAACUUGUUGCUUGAUCUGCACAAAUACUUGGACAUCAACAACUCCGGCACCUAUGCCAAGUGUACCACCAACAAUGUGGCAGGCUUCAAGACCGUUGCAGAGUGGUUGCGUAAGAACAAACGCCUCGGUCUCGUGUCGGAGUCUGGUGCAUCAAUGGACCAAUCCUGCAUGACUAAAUUCUGUGAGCAAAACGAGUUCAUUGCCAAGAAUGAUGACGUUCUCGUAGGGUUUGUUGGCUGGGGGGCAGGCGGAUUCGACGGCACGUAUGUGCUUACCCUCACGCCCUCUAAAUCCGGUGAUGCUUGGACCGACAACGAAUUGAUGAAGCAAUGUAUCGUUGCUCCGUUUGGCAAGGCUGCGAGCUCGACUACGCAGGCACCAACAUCUACUACCACAACGUCGGCGACGUCGACAGAGCAGACAACCAACAAAACGACUUCUGCCACCCCGGUUGGCACAAAUAAUACCAAUACGAAUGAAUCCGCUCCAAAGAAGGACAACGCCGCCGGCAAGGUCAUCGUUUCUCAUAUAUACAUCAUUUUAGCGAGCAUGGUAGGACUGCAACUCUACCUCUAUUAG